AUGUUAAAUACACGUUUUAUUUUCAAGUCUAUUUUCUUCGUCGUACUAUUUGGUAUCAUUGUUGCUGAUUUAUCAAAUGAAUGGAAUGAAUUUAAGCAGAAAUAUAAUAAACAAUAUAAAACAAUUGAUGAAGAACUUGAACGAAAACAAAUAUUUAUUGAAAAUUUUAAUGAAAUUCAUUCUUUUCAACAAAAUAAUCCGCAUGCAACUUAUACAUUAGCAAUUAAUCAUUUCUCUGAUCGACGUAUUCAAGAACUUGUAUCUUCACGAAAAAAUACACUCAAAUCUUAUACAUCAUCAUCAUUUAAAAGUUCUAGAGAAGUAAACAAUUUACCUGAAUCCCUUGAUUGGCGUGAUAAAGGUGUAAUCACGGAAGUAUAUCAUGGUGAAGUUGGAGUAAUUGUGACUGCUGUUGUUAGUACUGAACUUGUCGAAAGUCUUCAUGCUAUUAAAACUGGUGAACUUAUUGAAGGUAGUAUACCACAAGUAUACGAUUGUUGUCGACAACCCAUCGAUGCUUUUGAUUGUAUAAAGAAUAUGAGUGGUAUUUGUCGAAAAGAAGAUUAUCCAAAACCACUUGGUCGAUGUCAACGAGAUAUAUGUAAACCAUUUGCUAGUUUUGAUACAAUUAAACGAAUGGCAAAACCUGAUGAAAAUGAAAUGUUAGAAUGGAUUCAAGAGUCGACUUUAUGGGCAGAAAUGAGUGUUGCUGGAAAAGGUUUUAAUACAUAUACUGGAGGUAUUUAUGAUGACCCAUCAUGUUCUAACCAUUCUAUAGAUGAUGUCGUACAGAUUAUUGGAUAUGGUAGCGAAGAAGGAAAACCUUAUUGGUUAUGCAAACUUCAUUGGGGUACUGGUUGGGGUGAAAAAGGUUAUUUUCGAAUUGCACGUGGUAAAAAUAUGUGUAAAAUUGCUGAUGUUAUUAUACAAGUGGCAAAUACCGAGCCGAGUAGUACUACACAAAUAUCUACGAGUACCACUACACAGUUAUCUACGAGCACUACUACACAACCAUCUACGAGUAGUACUACCCAAUCAUCUAUGAGUACGAGUACUACUACACAAGUAUCUACGAGUACGAGUAGUGCUACACAAUUAUAUACGAUUAGCUCAAUCCAUCUUAUGGUUAUAUUUGUGAUGGUGACAGUUGCUCAGACUAUUCUUAUCUGCAACUAA